UCUCUCACAGUUUGGCAAAUUAGCUCAUUUGCCUGUUAGCAUAGUGAUCCUAAUGGGGCUUCAGUCCCUUUUUAGCAGAAUCCUUAUUGCAUUCACUAUUUCUUUGUUACUGUUUGCAGUGAGCUUCUGUUACGCUGAUGACGUGACAAUCCAAGUUGUCGGAAUUGGAGAAUGUGCUGAUUGCAAAAAGAGUAACAUAAAGACCAUUCAUGCUUUUUCAGGGCUUCGUGUUACCAUCGACUGCAAGGUUGGAAAUGGAAAAUUCAAAACAAGGGGUGAAGGAGAAGUUGACAAAGACGGAAAGUUCAAGGCAUCACUUCCUAAAGAGAUUGUGAAAGAUGGGAAAAUGAAGGAAGACUGUUACGUACAACUCCAUAGUGUAUCUGCUGCACCAUGUCCAACACAUAAUGGCAUAGAAGCAUCCAAGAUUGUAGUGACCAAAUCUGAAAACAAUGACAAAUACACAUUGAAACCAUCAAGAAAUCUGAAAUUCUCGACAGCCUUGUGCACCUCUGCUUUCCUCUGGCCACACUUCAAGUUUCCACCAUUUCCAAAUUUGCCACCUUUCCCCAUAUUCAAAAAGCCAUUUCCGCCACCAAUUCCAAUCUACAAAAAGCCACUUCUACCACCUAUUCCAAUCUACAAAAAGCCACCCCUACCACCAACUCUAAUCUAUAAACAACCAAUUCUACCUCCUAUUCCACCUUAUAAUAAGCCAAUUUUACCUCCAAUUCCAAUCUACAAAAAGCCAUUUCUACCUCCUAUUCCAAUCUAUAAGCCAAUUCCACCAUUCUUCAAAAAGCCAUUCCCACCCCUGCUCCCAAAAUUCCCUCAGAUUCCAUUAUUCCCACCUUCUGUCCCUCACCGAUAGGAGGGCUUUAAACAAGUUCUCCUGCGGUGCACAUACAUAGGUGGAUUCAAGAUUUCAAAUUAAUUUCUGCGCCUGUUAAUGUAUGUUCGUGUUAAGAUCGUUCAAUAAAACUUCCAUUUACAUA